AUUGUAUUUCUAGCUGCAACAUUCUCUGUUACCCUAGCUGCUGUUACUGAUGAAACUAGACAAGCUGUCCAGGACGCACUGUUCCAAGCAUUGAACAGUGUCGAUUCUGCCUUAACCUCCGAGCCAUCUGUUGCUGAUGGAGCCAUCAUCUCAUCUCAAACCGCUAAUGAAGAAUCAAAGAAGCUCCAGUUUACAGGAGACGUUCUGGAAGUUGCCACCCAGAUUUUGAUCCAAAAAUAUGGAGUCUCUAUUCUCCCAGACGCCAAUGAAGUGCUCAAUGAGCUCAACGCAGGAAACACUGAAGCCAGAAAGAAGAGAAAUUCUGACUCUGAAGAAUCGAGCUUCGUCGAAGGACUCCGCCAAAAAAGACAAUCUAGAAACAGAAGACAAGGUGGAGGUGGAGGUGGGCGAGGUGGUGGUGGUAGCGGAGGAAGAGGAUCCCAGGGAGGAAGAUCUGGAGAGGACGGAAGAAAGAAGAGAAAUUCUGGAGAGAACACAUCUGGUGGAAAGAGUGGCGACUACUCAAACCCACAAACUAAUAAAACUUGUCAAGGACCACCUGCCCAAUGUUCGGAUCCAGUUCACGACCGUAUUAGAUCUAUCACCGGAUACUGUAACAAUCGUGGAAAGCCAACACAAGCCAACUCGGUGACAGCGAUCAGAAGAUUGUUAGGAACUACUAGUUAUACCGAUGGACUCGGAGCUAUCCGCAAUAAGUCUGUCACCGGUGCUCCACUUCCAUCAGCCCGUCAGAUCUCCAACAAACUUCAUGAUGAAGGAUCCUCGCCAAACUUCUCCCCAUCCAUCAAUCAUCUUCAUAUGCAAAUCGGACAGUUCAUCGCCCACGAUAUCAUUUUUAUGCCUUCCUCUACUGCCAAGGACGGAUCCAGCUUGAACUGCACAUCAUGCUCUUCUCCAACCACUGUUUCCUCUAACUGUGCUCCAAUCCCAGCUCCAGCCGAUGACAAGUACUUCACCCCAGUCUCCAGCACCGAAGCCAGAUGCAUCCGUCUCACUCGUGCUCUCAACGGACAGUCCGGAUUCGGAGUCAGAACUCAAAUCGAUCAAAACUCCCACUAUUUGGAUAUGUCAUCAGUUUACGGAUCAUCAGAUUGUGAGGCAAGAACAGUUAGAAGCUUUGUGAAUGGACAGCUGGCUACCAACACCGCUAUGGGAUACGUUCUUCCACCACAAGCCAAGAAUGACACUAAUUGCCAAUCUACAAAUCCCUAUUAUUGCUUUACCGCUGGAGAUUUCAGAAACUCACUUCACCCAGGACUUUUGCCACUCCACACUGUCUUCAUCAAAGAGCACAACCGUCUUGCUGUCAUGACAAAAUCCGCCAAGCCAUCGUGGAACGAUGAGCAAAUCUAUCAAUUCGUCAGACGCGUCAUGGUGGCUCAAUGGCAACAUAUUGUCUACAACGAAUACCUUCCAAAACUGUUGACCGACAAGUACAUGACAGACUUUAACUUGAAAACCAUGAAACCUGGAGCCGGAGCUUUCACUGGAUACAGUACCUCGAUGAAUGCCGCGUUAAGUGGAGAGUUUGCAGCGGCAGCUUUCCGUUUCGGACACAGCCAGUCCAGACAAGAUUUCGCUCGUCAAGAUGCCUCCAACAAAACUAUAAAAACUUAUGACUUGGGAUACAACAUCUUCUACACUGACGAGCUCUACAAAAUCAGUUAUGGAGGAUGGGAGACUAUGCUCAUGGGACUUAUCAAGACCGCCGCAAUGCAAGUGGAUCGAUAUGCCUCCUUCCCGAUUCGUAAUCAACUUUUCGAGAUUCGCGGAAAGAAUGCUUCUGGCGUUGACUUGAUCUCUGUGAAUAUCAUGAGAGGAAGAGAUGUCGGACUUUUGCCAUACGUCAAAUACCGCAGUCUUGUUGGCCUAACAUCUGUUAACACCUGGAAUGAUCUUUCCUCCACCUUCUCUGCCGCCAAUCUAGCAGCAUUGAGAACUGUGUACGCUGAUCCAGCUGAUAUCGAUUUGUUCACUGGACUUGUCAUGGAGACACCACUCUCCGGCGGACAACUCGGUCCCACUGCCUCGUGGAUUAUUGCUGAGCAAUUCCGAGCGCUCAAAACUGGAGACAGAUUCUACUACGAGAACCAGGUGGCCAACACCGUUGGCUUCACACCACAGCAAAUUGAUGUGAUUCGACGAGUGAAACUUGCCAAGAUUUUCUGUCAGAACACUGAUAUUAUCACUUCUAUCAACACGGAUAUGUUCGAUUUGAACAGCAGUCAAGUGUCGUGCUCAUCGAUUCCAGAUAUUGACUUGAACAAACUUUUCUAG